AUGCCUUCCCACAAAUCUUUCCGCACAAAGCAAAAGCUUGCCAAGGCGCAAAAGCAGAACCGACCUAUUCCUCAGUGGAUCCGUCUCCGAACUGGCAACACCAUCCGCUACAACGCCAAGCGACGACACUGGCGCAAGACCCGCAUCGGUAUUUGA